UCAGUUUUACCCAAUACUGUAUAUAUACGAGCGGGCGGGCCGGUCAGAGAUGAUACAAGUUCGGGAGUGAACGUUUGUCAUUCAAGAGUUUACGACUACCUACAUAAGGUGGGAUAUCUAGGCAGGCUCGAUGUUUAGGUUUCUCGUGAACUCAAAAUCGUUCCUUUGACGUCUCGUGGAAACAUCUGCGAUCUGUUCAUUAAACGUGAGGUAGACGAUACUGUUGUUUUUUUUUUUUGAAGCGAUUGAUCAAUGACGAUUCGUUAUUUACCAGGGUAAGUGUAGCACUGUAGUAGUGUAUGAGUUAUGUCUUUGUAGAGAGUCGGCGUCGAACGUUCCAGAACUAUCCACCAAUCCUUGUCUGGUCAUUGUUUCCCUAAGUGGGUCAAGCAACUUCUGAUGUAACAAUAGACCCAGUAGCCGCGGGUGGGCAGCUCAAGGCCGGGUAUUACGCACGCAUCCGACUUACAACACAUGGAAGUCAGUAAUUGGGAGCCACAUGGGCGGUAACUCUUGGCAACUCUAUGGAGUUGUUGUUCUUGUCGCUCUCUGGUGAAGAAGCGUAUUUCGAACGGCUGGCGACAAAGUCCUUCUUCUGAGCAGAGACAGACGUUAGUCUACUUCUCUUAUUUCUGUUGUAAGAGGUCAAAUUCCAUCACAGGUUAGAAUUUUCAGAAGUGAGUCCGACCCACUAUAGGUCUGAGAAAAUUACAACAAACUUCAGUGGGUCUUCUUAUAUCACUAGAAACACUAUAGCUAAUGGAACUGAAGACUUGAUCUUCAUUAAUCAAUAGUAAGUGGAAAAGUACUUUUACGAAAAAGACAAAACAAUAUAAUCAGUAACCCUUGAGACCAGAAAGAUAUGUCGGCCAUAAAAAGUGAGAUGCAGAGUCCAUGUACACUUAUGAAGACUGAAGCAACAUCUGUUGCUGAUGCACUAGAAGACCUGACUGUUAAUGUAAUACCUAAAGCAGAAAGUUCAUUUUGCUUUGAAUAUAAUGAGACAAAAUGUUUACAGAUUGGUUGCAUGCAGCACGACAAUAGCUUUGGCCAAAAUCUCCAUGAUAUAAAAAUUGAUCCAGCUGACCAGAAACACUGGAGGUGUGAGAAUGUUCCAAAAUUGGAGACAAAUUCUCCAAUUUCCAGUUCUCUCAUUAAAAUAGAAUGUCAGCCUGCUCACAUUGUGAAGACAGAAUGUAUGACUGAGCAUAAUCAUAGAGUAAAGAUUGAGAGGGUAUUGCCUGGUCAGGAGGUAGUUUGUCAUCCUAAUAGUGAUAAUGAAUUUUAUUGCAACUGCCAAGGCAUUACUUAUGAAGUAAAGACACAGUAUGGUCUACAUCAUCAUGAAAAUGCAAAUGGACCAGUUACUUCUGAGGUCAAGCUUGAAGAUCACUCUGCUCAGGAAGGUGGUUCGAUAGUAAAGGCAGAACCAACAAAAUCACACAGUCUGUACAAGAAAGGAUGGAACAUAAAGGUAGACACAAUGAUGAAGCACAUGAAGGCGCAGAGCGCACCACAGGAAGUGGGGUACAGUUGUAGGAAAAAUAAAGAUAUUUUACCAUUUUUAUCACAACCUGAACAAGAUGUUGUUGUUUCGGGGGGUAAAUAUACUCAGUUGAUGGAUAUUGUGACGGAGAGUCCUCAGCAUGAGACAAAUCUAAAUGUUACCGAGACUAGUGUCAAUUUCAAGUCAGAAGAACAGCGACAUAGUAAGGAUACAAAAUCUUAUGAGUGCAAAGUGUGUAUGUCUUCAUUCAGUUUUCCAUCCUUACUCAAAAAACACAAGUCAAUCCACAUUGGGAAACUUCAUAAAUGCAGAGUAUGUGAAGCUGCCUUCAAAACAUUAGGCACUUUGAAACAGCACAUGCUUGUUCACAGUGAUGAGAAACCUCACAAGUGCAGAGUAUGUGACGCUGCCUUCAAAAGAUUGGGCACUUUGAAACUGCACAUGAAUGUUCACAAUGAUGAGAAACCUCACCAUUGCAGAAUAUGUAAAGCUUCUUUCAAAACAUUAGGAAAUUUGAAACAGCACAUGCUUGUUCACAGUGAUGAGAAGCCUCACAAGUGCAGAGUAUGUGAAGCUGCCUUCAAAACAUUAGGCGAUUUGAAACAGCACAUGAAUGUUCACAAUGAUGAGAAACCUCACCAUUGCAGAAUAUGUAAAGCUUCUUUCAAAACAUUACGAAAUUUGAAACAGCACAUGCUUGUUCACAGUGAUGAGAAGCCUCACAAGUGCAGAGUAUGUGAAGCUGCCUUCAAAACAUUAGGCGAUUUGAAACAGCACAUGAAUGUUCACAAUGAUGAGAAACCUCACCAUUGCAGAAUAUGUAAAGCUUCUUUCAAAACAUUACGAAAUUUGAAACAGCACAUGCUUGUUCACAGUGAUGAGAAGCCUCACAAGUGCAGAGUAUGUGAAGCUGCCUUCAAAACAUUAGGCGAUUUGAAACAGCACAUGAAUGUUCACAAUGAUGAGAAACCUCACCAUUGCAGAAUAUGUAAAGCUUCUUUCAAAACAUUACGAAAUUUGAAACAGCACAUGCUUGUUCACAGUGAUGAGAAGCCUCACAAGUGCAGAGUAUGUGAAGCUGCCUUCAAAACAUUAGGCGAUUUGAAACAGCACAUGAAUGUUCACAAUGAUGAGAAACCUCACCAUUGCAGAAUAUGUAAAGCUUCUUUCAAAACAUUACGAAAUUUGAAACAGCACAUGCUUGUUCACAGUGAUGAGAAGCCUCACAAGUGCAGAGUAUGUGAAGCUGCCUUCAAAACAUUAGGCGAAAUGAAAAACCACAUGCUGGUUCACAGUAAGGAUAAGCCUCACAAGUGCAGAGUAUGUGAAGCUGCCUUCAAAAGAUUAGGCGAUUUGAAACAGCACAUGCAGGUUCACAGUAAGGAGAAGCCUUACCAGUGCAGUGUCUGUAAAGCUGCUUUUAAGUUCUUGGGUAAUUUGAAAAACCACAUGCUGGUUCACAGUAAGGAUAAGCCUCACAAGUGCAGAGUAUGUGAAGCUGCCUUCAAAAGAUUAGACACUUUGAAACAGCACAUGCAGGUUCACAGUAAGGAGAAGCCUUACCAGUGCAGUGUCUGUAAAGCUGCUUUUAAGUUCUCAUAUGUUUUGAAAAGACACAUGCAGGUUCACAGUGAUGAGAAACCUCACAUAUGCAGAGUAUGUAAAGCUGCCUUCAAAAAAUUAGGCAUUUUGAAACGUCACAUGCAUGUUCACAGUGAUAAGAAGGUUCACCAGUGCAGUGUGUGUAAGGAUGCCUUCAAAACAGUAUACCAUUUUAAACUCCAUAUGCAGAACCAUGGUAAUGAAGAAACCUCACCAGUGCUCCAUGUUUAAGUCCUCACCUUUCAAAAUGCACACAGUAAUCAGUGAUGUUACGCCUUCUCUGUGCAAUGUGUGUAAAAUUGUUUAAAAUCCAGGGAUGCUUGUGGUUACCAGAGCGGAGUAUAUGAAGCCUCCUUCAGAAGAUUAGACCUUUUGAAAGAACACAUGCAGGUUUACCGUGCUGAGAAACCUCAUCAAUGCAGUGUAUGUGAAGCUCCUUUUAGAUAUAUGUCUGUUUUAAAAAGACACAGGGUGAGUCAGAACGAUUUUAAACAUUACCACUGCAUUGUGUCUAAAGUUGCUUUCAAGUCCUCACCUGCUUAGAAAAUGCACAUGCUAAUCUACAGUGAUGUUAAACCCAAGUGCACUAUGUGUAAAGCUGCUUUCAGGCGCUCAUCUACUUUAGAAACACAUAUGAUGACCUACAAUUGUAUUUGUUUUCACCCAUGCUUUCACCCAUAAAGCUUUCUUAUCCUUGCAAAAUGUGCAAAUUUAAUUUUAUAUCAUCUAUUUCGAAAACACACAGGCUGAUCCAUAGAGGUGUUAAGCAUUGCUAACGCAAAGCUUGUAAUGCUUGUAUUAGGUCAUUCAAUUUAAAACAACACACGCUCAAUCACUGCUGUGUUUAACUUUACGGGUGCAGUUUGUUUAAAGGUGCUUCAGGUCAUUAUCUGGUUUAAAAUGUAACAUGGUGAGUCACAAUGAUGCCGAGGCUUCCCAGUUGAGUGUGUAAAAGUGUUGUUAGGGAGGUGUCCUUCAAAAGGCACAUGCUGAUGAACAGUGAGAGUGUGUGUCAAGCUGUUUAUUGGCUGUACAAACCAUCACAUGCCCAUCUACAGCUAUAGUUCAACUCUACCAGUGCAGUAUUACUGCUGUAUCUCCUGACUGUAGGAAAUUGAACAAUAUCUAAAAUUUGCAUCUGUUUAAAGAAUGUCAUCAUAUUGACAAAUACAUGUAUAUUCAACUUUUUUGUAUUAUUAUUUAACAGCUAAUGGGCUAAAAUUAAGGAAUGGAAGCUGGGGUUGUAUGUUGGGAGUGGGGGAGAAGGGGUAAAUAAAAUAGUAGUUGAUGGAAAGGGAGUUGAUAGUUGAAGGGGGUAAAUAUUUAUGUGGUAGACUUUUGAGACACACUCUUGGUUUUUCUAUUGACUUUUUCCUUGUAUUUAUUUUCUUUCUCGUUGUUUUGUUUUGUCUUAAUUUCUUUUAAAUACACAUUUUUUUGUUUUGCUUCUAAAUAAUAAAUGUUCAAUUUAACAUAACAUAUAACAUAAAAGUGUUACUUUUUAUUAAAAGCACCUUAUACGGUAUAUUUGUAUACAUUUUCAGAGAUAAUGAUCUACGUCUGUUUCAUGGACCGUUUGUUAUAUUGCUUUCUUUGUUGUUGUUUUGUAUUUCAGCUCAUUCUAAUGAUUGAUUUUCUGGCUGGAGUGAGCAUUUCUCCUAGCAUUUCAUUGUUUACAAAGCGAUUAACGUCACAUAGACCUAAUUAAAGUAAACCUUUUGGAUAGAAUGUUUUUGGUUUUCUGAUGCUUUUGAUUUAUUGAAAUUGAUGCCACAAUAACUGCAAUAUGUUUUUCUUGUAGCAUAUCCCUUGAUAUGCAAAUAAAGGCCAUAUCCCUGCUAGAGGACAAAUUACUUGAGAUGACUAAAUUAUUUACAUCAGUAUUAAGAAUUUCUUAUGCUCUGCUCAAUAAUGUUCAGCAGAUACGUUGGGGCUUUUCUUUUUCAACUUUCAUAAUAAAAAUUUGAUAUUCAGUGUUCUAGUUUUUAUAACCUGCAUCUGCAUGUUCCCUUUUGAAAUAUUGUUACUCAUGUCCAUAUAAAAAAAUAUACGG